ACUGGCUUAAGCGUCACUGUCUUCCUAGACUUCGUGGCUCCCAGAAGUUGCACAUGAUAGAUUCCCAUUCUUCUGGCACGUGUGUGCCCUCACCCGGUCCCUGUUUGUCUUGCAGUGAGUUAAAGUUUGAGAGGCAUCAGGCUGAGCUGACCCUCUGCAGAAUUCUUUUCCUUGGUCGUUGAGGCUCUCACUGUGAUUCCUAUGAAGCGUCUUUGAUAUGGGCUCUUCAGGUUGAGAGAAGAUUCCUUUGGGAACGUAUGUUGGCAGAAAAUUAAUGCUGAUAUUUAAAAAGUGAUAGUUCUGAGCAUUCAUUUCCUUCUUCACCAGUGGAAUCCUGUUGUUCUUCAGGAGCAUUGAGGACACAAUGACUGUCAGCAUAGUUUACGAUAACUCUGAGGCCAUGGAGCUGUGUGCAGCUCAGCACCUGUAUCUGAAGCCUAUAGCCAGACUGACCAUCAAUGUGAUGCUGCCCGAAGAUGUCACAUACACUAGAUCAUUUUCCAACUGGAAGAUACUAAACCAGCUGAAGAAUCUCAUUUGCCCAGAUCAGUUUAGCACUGUCCGACUUUCAAAGAGCACCAAGGACUUCAUUCGAUUUGAGGGUGAGGCAGAGACCAGAAGUCUGGGUCAGAUUCUGAAGGCAAAACUGCAUGGGAAGAUCAUUAGGCUGAACGGGUUGAAGAACGGCUUGAAAAUCGUGGCCACAGAUGCCUGGCUAGACUUCCCAUCUCAGCAAGAGUGGGAAUUGGCCUCCCAGAAAAACCAGGCGGCAAGUGAUGAGCUUCUUAAACAAAACCUUAAUGAGAGCCCCGAUUCCAUCUACUUUCAGGGGUUGCCCUGCAAGUGGUUUGCAUCCAAGGGCUCCAGUGGGGAAAAGCCAUGUGAAGAGAUCCUCAGAGUGGUGUUUGAAAGCUUCGGGAAAAUAAAGAACAUCGACAUUCCCAUGCUUGAUCCUUAUCGAGAAGUGAUGGCCACUGGCACCUUCAACCAUUGUACCUUAGGCAGCCUUCAGACUUUUGAAGCCUUUAUCCAGUAUCAGGAGUAUGCUGAUUUUGUCAAAGCCAUGGAAUCCCUCAGGGGAAUGAAGCUGAUGCUCAAGGGGGAAGAUGGGAAAGCCCUGGCCUGCAACAUCAAGGUUAUGUUUGAUACAACCCAGCACUUCAGUGAGGGCGCUAUAAGGAAAAGAAACCAGGAAAGGUUAAAAUUGCAAGAGCUGGAACAGGAGAGAAAAAGAGAAAAGAAGCGAGAAGAGGCGGAAAGGAAACGGAAAGAUGAUGAGAAGAAGCUCCGAGAGAAGAAAAGGAAAACCAAGAUCAAAAGAAAAGAACAGAAGCAGAAACCAAAGGAGGAGAAGCGCCCGAAAAAGAAAGCUAAAGCUGAGGAAUGUGGAAAAGUUAACAACCAGGAAGUAGAGAACCCGAAACCCGAAGAAGCUUGUGUUCUAGAAUGUGAGGUGAAGACAUUGAAGAAGGAAGAGCCAAACCCUCCAAAUCUUCUGUGCCAAGAAGCAAAGAAGAAAAUAUCCAAGAAGAAGUCUAUCAAGUGUGAAAGAACUCUAAUCCCCCAAACCAAGAAAAGGAAUGACUUAUCUGAAUCUUCUUGCCAUUUGGAGAAAGCCCUUCCAGAUGACCUAACUGAAGGAGAAGGCACUGACAAAUUAGUACCUGACACAUGCAAGCACAGUUUUAUCCCUCACUUGAACCCCUUACAGAUUACAAUUAAGCAGGACUUGAGCCAGGCAGUCCAGUCUGUUGAAGAAGAAGAAGACGAAGAAGAUGAUGAUGAUGAUGAUGAAGAAGAAGACUGGCAUUUAUGGAAUAAAUCCUCUAAUCCCAGGCUCCGUAAAGAAGGCUAUGGCAGAAAACAGAAAAUCUAUGAAACUGAUGAAUUUAUUCACUACCUGUUAAAUUACUAUCACCCUCCACAAUAUGCUCGUGUUUAUGAAGACACAAGGGGUGUCAUGAGCAAAUCUCAGUGGCGGAGGGAGGUCCAUGACAUCGGAAAUAGGUUUCAGAUCAACUUGAACCAAUCAGACCAUCACAUCUCGCAAAAUGGGCAAAAGAUCGGUUGGGCCCUGAAGGAUGAUCAGCAGAGGAAGCUUGCCCGUGAAGAGUUGGAACCCAGACCAAGAGAGGCUAUGAACACAAGCCGUGCUGAAGAGUUUGCAAAGACAGUUAAACGCCAUUACACCGACCCAAGCAAUGAAGCUGCUGAUCUUGUGUCUAAUGUGGGUGGAAAGCAGUGCCCUUGGCAGAAAGACCCCAAGCAUAGGAAUAAGAGAAAGAGUUCUUCCCAAUCCAAGUUUGCUGGCUUCUCUUAUGAGGUAACAGACUUCUUAGAAGAGAUUAGUAGUGAUUCUGAUUGCUUUAAUGAGACAUUGAGUGAAGAGAGUGGGCAGCAAAGCUGUUCUCCAAAUGCAGGCCGCUUGGUGAAGGUGACAGAAGGUUCAGAUGACUACAAUGAAAUUGUUGCCUUUGAUCAAGAAAAGAAAUGUAGCCAGUGUGGCAUGUGCCCAAAGUUAAAACCCAUCAGCUUGACAAAGCCCCUUAGACCCAAGCUUAAGAAAACAGUUAAGAGGUCUAGGAGUGAAUUAAAAUGCCCAGGGCCCAAAGGUGAAUGUGAAACCAAUGGGGUUGAGAAAAACACCAGAAAAAAGAAGAGAAAGCCAUUCGUAGAAGACAGCCUUGAUAAAGACAACUGCCCUGCACCAGAUCCCAGCAGCUUACGGUCCUUCAAAAAACCGGAGAAGAAACGGAGCAAAACAAUGGAAUCCAGAAUGAAAUGUAAAGCUUCUUGUGUGCCAAUAGCAUCUUCACAAAGUGUUGACGUCCCCCUGGUCCAGGGGCUUUCUGAGAAUAUGAGUGAUCCUUGGAAGCUGAAAUCUGAUCAGGACAUAGGAACCUCCAACAGAUGUGUUAAAUGGAAGGCUGGAACCCCGAAUUCCAGUGAUUGUCUAGCCAGCUGUGACAGUCCAGAUCCUCUUGCCUCUGAAAAUGGUUUCGAAAAGAGAUCUUCAGUCUUCAAAUUGAAGAGUUUUUGAAAGCCACUGAGCUCAGACACCCGAUUUUUUCAUAAUGGUAAAUGAUCUGAGAAGAGAAAAACAAAAAUACACAAAGCAAGACCUUAGGAAUUCAUCAACUAGAUAGCAAGAUGUUACUUAAAAGUUUUAGUUGUGGCCAAUUUAACCCCUCAUCUAGUAUAGCUCAUGUAUUGUGAUGACAGCAGGUAUGUUAGUAAGGCUUGGGGAGAUUUAUAAAAUGUGCUUGCAGAUCACCACUAAGAGUGAGCAAUCCAGUAGCUUAAUUGAACCUUCAAUAGAGUGUCCAGCAAAGUGAAAAUAUAACCUUCAGAGUAGGGAAGCGUCCUUAGCCACAUUUUCUUUGCUCUUCCCUGGUUGUUACCCAAAACGACAGUUGGAAAUAGUGGGUUUCUUUUUCUGUUUUCUCUCAUUUGGUCAAAAGUGAUAUAUGCUGCAGGAAGCAUGAUCUUUGCCUGUAGCAGGGGUUCUUAGCCUUUUUUUGUGUGUCUUGGACUCCUUCAACAGCAGUCCGGUGAAGCCCGUUUAAAUUUUUUUUUUCGUAAUUAAAAAGAAAAGCUAAAUUUCAGUUAGAGAUUAGUGAAAAUAUAGGUGUGAUUUUUUUUCCCCUGUCCCAGUUCACAGACCUCCUAAAAUCUAUCCAUGGACCCCGGGUUAAGAGCCUCUAGUCUAUAGGUACUUUUUUUUUAUUCUUUCGUAGAGCAGUCAAAUGGAAAGGAAAAACAGCUAGAAGCUCACUUUGAUUUCUUAGAGAAAUGAUUUUGAGCAUUUUAUGGACAGGUACCCAAAGAGAAUCUAAGCACAGUCAUUCUUUUUGGUACAACAUAUGGAAGAAGAAUCUGACAAUUCAGUUCAUUUCCAAUUCUACAGAUCUUUCCUGGGUGACACCUGCUAAGUGUUCAGAGCCAUCUAGAACACAGAAGUAGACUGGGGUACAUCAGACCCAAGGGUUAGAGAGGGUUCAUAGGGAGGAAGGCUAAGGACUCGGCAGCAACAUGACUGGAAUGUCUGCUGCUUGUGCAGUGAGUUAAUGGAAAAGGCAGGCAACAAAAUUCCAUUGAAAUUGGCAGUGGGAAGCUUGGUAAGAAAGUUAGCAACUGGAUCUUAGAUGACCGAAAUCUGCUGGGGACCCCAGAGAGCCAUUCUGGGGCCUGAGGGCAGUUCUAAUGCUGUUUUGAGGUAUUGAGGGGUAGAUUCAGAGAAGUGAGAGAGUAAGAGGAGAGAAAUACUUUUUCACUUUGUAUAAUUGUUUUGCUCUGAGUUGAGAGUGAAAUCCAUUUGUAAAAAUCAUUCAGCAUCCCAAACUUUGCUUUUUAAAGGGGUCAUGGAAAGACAUGACCAGGUCUGAGCCCUUGGUGAGUUUUCUAGACAGGAAAAGGUUAUGGAGUAUUUACACGUUACAAUUUCUUGGAUUUACAGGUUCAAAAUGGGAACAUUUUUUAUUGUAUUACAUGUUUGGUGCUGCUUAAAGCUGAGCCCUUCCCCGGGCUCAUAUAGUCAUGACUUUGAGAAUUUUGCAGCAUACAAUAUAUUGAAGGCUGGACUUGGGUGCUCCAAGGACAGGAGGUGAAAAUAAUUCCAACAAAGCCAUAGUUGGCUUAAACGAUUGAAGAUGAAUGGACUAGAUCAGAGACUCCUUGAAGCAUAAAUGCUGUUCAAAGCUCCGAAGUCAUAGCAAGCCAGGUUUUGUAUAAGCUGGCUUACUUGAAACAGGCCUGAUUUAAAACUGAUGAGUUUCUAUCAGAGCACGUUACCUGAAUUUACCACCUUCUACAUUCUGUCUUGUAUCAUAAUUAUUUCUCCAGCCAGCGAGCUCAUGUAUAUAUAUAUGCUCCCAUCCCAUCCACCCAGUAAGAUUUAUAUGUGCUUCUAACCCCCCCUCCCCAGCCAAUUAGAUUGUGUUCAUGUGUAUAACCUUCCCCCUCCCCGCCUAAGCUAGUUAUGUUGUAAGCUCCCUGAGAGCAGGGUCUGACUCAUUUCAGUAGCCCCAAAAACUGUAUGAAGCCCCAUACAUGGCAGGCGCUUAAGAAAUAUCUGCUAAAUUGGAUGAAUUGAAGCAUAUUAGGACCAUGUCCCCUCUCCUCCCGGGGCCCCCCACUCCGCAGUAGCCUGGAAUGUGUUUUCACAAAGAUUUGACUGACUCGUGGGCCAGGCCUUCUCUGAUCUGUGGGGAGAUGGGUGGGAAAAAUGAAGAUGAGUCCUCUUCUUUUGAGCGGCCUGUUUUUCUGAAGUCUGGUACCUCAUCCUGGAUGAAAUCCUUCAAAACUACCAAAUACCCCAACUUUUCUGCAUUAAGAACCACGUGGUGAUGGUUUUCAAUAUUUAAGUAUAUAGCUGUGUGACAAAACAAGGAUUCAGCUGAGAAUGUGUUGUCAUGUACCGUAUGCGCUUAUAAUGUUAACUUGAAUAAAAUUGUGACAAGAAAAAUGUGCCGCUUUUCAUGUACAAUUUGGCUUUUCAUUGAAUGACUCAGCAAACUGGGUGUGGUCUGUUGUCUAAUUUUCCAAUCCCUCCUGUGUAUCGAGUGCCUUUUCUCCAUGUUCUCCGAGGCUCAGGAAUGACUGCUAACAUUCAGAUGGAGUUACUAUUUUUCAUAAUACCUUGGAAAGUUCAUACAGCUUGUCUUUUAUCAAGGGACUUUGUGUGAAUAAGUGUCGAAAACCUACCCUCUUUGGCUUCUAGGUUCUGCUUUUAUUUGCAGUCUUUUGUACAGUUGCACUGAAGAGAUUGUAACAGCUACAUUUAUUGUGAUAAUCUAUUGUUUCUUUGGUCAUCCGGUUCAGAAUAUUUUUCUAUGUAAAGUUUAUGGGUAUAAAACGUUUGCUACUGAAUGCUUCUGAAAUGAAACUUUAAUUGCAUAGCAAUCAAACAACAAACAUUUUUCAAGCUCGGGCUGUGUGCUUCAGAGCGCUGGGGUUAGAUAUACAGACAGAAAUGAAGAGCUGGCAUUCUUUCUGAAUGUAGCAUAUGUAUAAAAGGCAUUUAGUCUAGGUGUAGCACAACAAAGGUUAAGAUAAGAUAAGAGUGCUGGACCUGAAAUCAGGAAAGCUUGGGUGGUUCAAAUAUGGCCUCUGCCCCUUACUAGCUGGGUGACCAAAGGCUGGUCACUUAAGUUAACUCUUGAACCCCCAGUUUGGUGACUUUCUCUGACUUCUCUCCUAAGUUACAGAGAAGAGGUGAACUGUUUUGUUGGAGGGCAUUCCAGUGAAACUCCACCCAUGACAUCCUUGGCUUUUUGCCUGGUGAUUUAGUGUCAUAGAAUUGGUGCUAAGGUAUUCAUUUGUAGCAUUUCCCCUGUUGUUCACUAAGCACUCUUCUGGGGUCCAGACAGAAGUAAAAAUACUGGCUUUGCGUUUGUAUGUAUUCUUCAUUCUGCACCUCCCUCUUCCCUCUAUCUUAUGUUUGAGGGCAACUAUUUAGAACGCACAGAGAGAACCCCCCCCCCCAAAAGGCUCACUUGAUAUUCUGUACUUUAGAAAUCUAAUGGCCUCACAAAAGUGAGACAGGAAACUGAAGAAAACUGUCGAGUUGGUUUUCCUGAUAACUUUUCAUCUGCCUUGGUGGUGGGUUAGGAAAUCCUCUAUGUAGUGUUAAUAAUUUGCCCAUAAUAAUUUGCUGCUUGCACUGUUGAAUUACCGCCAUGUUAACUUUCCAUUUGACCUCUUAAAUAUGGAACUGUCAUGAUGGUGACCCUUUAUAUAAGAUCCUGAAGGCCUUUAGAAAGCUAAGCACCAUUGGGUCAGCAUGUUUUAGUUCCCUUUGCACGUCUCAGAUUUCUCAGGUAGGAGAAAAGUGACCUCUUGGUGCUGAUGGAAAAACCGGAAUGUAUCUGUAGUACCUUUCUUAUGGCGAUUUCUAAUAAAUUGUUAACUUGACAUCUUAUAAAGGUCACAUCUGUAAUACGAAUGAGUGAAUGACAUACCGGUUAUCAGUCCAAUGAAUUGUCACUCAACAAGUGCUUUGUGCAUAGUAAGUUCUUGAGUUUUUCCCCCAUUCAGCAAGGAAUUAUUAAAUAUCCCCUUCCUUUGUGCUUAGGCACCCUAACCUUUAGAUCUGUCACUUCAUCCUUUCAGCCCUCUGUGGAGGUGCUCCACAACUCUGCAGUAGCCAAGGAACUGGAUGGGGGAGGGGAGGAAGGAGCAAAUUUGCAUAACUACAAAUGGCCUGGUUGGCUCAGGAAGUGUACCUACCUGUCUUAGGCCUUGCAUAAUCUUGGCUAAAGCAAAUUCAUUCACAUGUGCUCCUCAACCUGAGCUCUAUGUCUCUAUUUCAAAGACCUUACAGCCAUGGUGCUGUUGGAAAAAAAAAGAGUGCUGAUCAUCCAAUCAGAGAUUUUGAGCUUGGAAGAAACCUUAGAGGUCAUUGAGUCCAACCUCCUCAUUUUAUCAGUGAGGAAACUGAGGCCCAGAGAGAAAAA